AUGGCGGGGCACUGGCUGCCCGAGAUGAAAGUUUUGGCCGGGGCAGAUGAUGGGGGAUUGCAGGAGCCGGGCAGCCCGGUGAGGAAAGUUUUGUGGGAGAGCAUUACGGCGUUCGGGCCUCAGGUGCUGUUUCUGACGCCGUGUGCUGCUGAUGUGAAGACUGCUCUUGCUCAGGUUGAGGCUCUUGCUCGCCUGCCCGGCUUCUGGUCGCUGCCCGCAACCGAAUCUGGGCAGGUUUACAUUAUCGAGUCGUGUCUCUUCCUCAACGCAGGCCCGCGAUUGGUGGACGGUGUUGAGUUGCUAGCCAGAAUUAUUCAUCCCGACCGAGUAGCUGUGCCCUUACCUCCCGGAUGCUUCGUCUUGAAGCUGGAACUUAGUAGGGAGAAACACUACCGAGCAGGGGACGUUCAUAAACAUUUUAGGCCGCUUCUAUAG